UCAUUUCCCAUACUUUUUUUUGUUUUCUUAUUAUCCAUAGGUUUGUUCGUUCAGUCAAAAUCUACUACAGCUAAAGAAGGUCAGAAUGUUACCUUGGAUUGCUCUGCUUCAGUAAAAGGAGGAAUCUGGAGCUUCACCACUUGGUUUAAUGGGUCACAGAAACUUAUAAAAAUUGGUCCUGGUGAGCAAAUAUCAAUAUAUUCCAGCAGACAGAUUUCUGUCGUUGGCCAGGACUCUCUUCGCCUGUAUGAGGUUCAUCGUUUUGAUCAUGGGCACUACUCCUGUAGAGCUCUGUAUGUUUUUAAGGAUAACAUGAGCUUUACAACUGAAGACAUCAAACUUCUUGUUAAAGGUGAGACACAAAAACUGUAUCAUUUUACGGUCGCGAAAGUCCCUGGGUAGCGAGCCAACUUUUCCCGCUAAAGUUCCUUAUAAAACUUGUCAAAUCAUAUACAUACAUAAAUACAUGGUACAUACACUCUUUUAGCCAUUACGACUCCUGAGAAGAAGGAUUAUGAGCUUAUCCCGAACUCUCUCAAUCCCUCCAGUCUUUAUAUCAGGCUAUGCAUACACAGUAAAAAGGUUUUCCAUUGCUUUUGUAAAAUAACUUUCCCUAGAAAAAAAAGCAAAAUUCUUUGUUUAAGGCACUGGUUAAAAGAAAAACUCUCGCCAGUCGCGAAGUGUUGGACACGAAUUUUUGUCCGCCUAAAAGUGAAAAAAUUUACACAGCAUGUUUGUUAAGAUUUUCCAAGUUUCGGCCGACGAGGAAAUAAAGUAAAGUUGUCGAUUUUUCAGCUCAAAACCUUUUUCAAAUCGGUGCUAGCGUGAUUAGCGCGCGUACGGAAAACAUCUUCACGUCUUAACUUUGUUUAGGCGCCGUCCACACGUAUCGGGACAUUUUUGAAUCUGCAAAUAUUCGUCCACACGACUCUGGAGAGCAGAUGCAAAAAGUUCGGAUACGAAAUGACGGAAGCCGAAUUCACAAAGAAAAAGUUGCGAAUCCGGAUACGUGUCGACGGUGCAAUACUCUCUCGCAAACAAGCCUCUCGGUCAAUCAUAGUGCGCGUACUAUCUUAGUUAUUUUAUAAACGUUAAUGUGUUUUACAAUAAAUGGUCCUACGUUUACUCCAAAACUUUGCAAAUUAAAGAGGACGAACUGGAACCCUUAACGCUGCAAACUCUUGAAGCUCCACAAAUGAGAAGAUAUCAGGAGCCUAUUAUCCUAAUAGGCACGGCAGGCGUGUUUGUAAAGAUUUUGAAAUACAUUACUGACUCACAGCAAAUUAUGGUACAAACGUGAAAACCUGCUGGUCGGUUAAAAGCUCCGGCCCAGCUAGCUAUCUUUCCUUUCAGGCUUGAAUUUGAAUUCGAUUGUUUGGUCUCUUUUUGUUCAUCCUAGGCAAUCUCGUCAUAACGUUUUUCAUAGCCGUGGGUACGAGGUUGCUUCGAAAGGUUUUUGAGACCCAAGUAUUUCUUUUUUGUUUUCUAUUUUCUUAUUUCUUUUUUGUUGGCUACACUACCCAAUUCUCCCCUCCGGAUCGGUCCCUGAACGCAGAGGCUCUGGGCUGCUGAACAUUCCACUUAAAUAUAAAUAAUCAUAAUGAAUAUCACAAAAUAUUGAAAUAUUUUGUGAUUAUGAUUAUUGUGAUUAUGAAUACUCAAGAAAAAGAGACCUAGGCCUCUACAGAGAAGAUCGAAAAUUACGAGAGACGCCGUUAUCAACAGGUAGCAAAGGUUGGAGGUUAAAAGUGUAUCACUGUCAAUCUAGUAAAAAAAAGGGGGGGGGGAGGAAGAACAUGGAAAACAGUUUCUGAAAAGAAUCUUUAAAUUGAGAAUGAUAUUCAAUGUAAAGGAAAUAAUGGUGUUGUCAUCUACAUGAAUCCAUGUGUUACAUCAUUUUUGUCUUCUUUUAGCCCGCCCGAUUAUUAGAAACACAAGUCCAGAUGCUAUUAAUCUGACCCUGUCGUUACAAACACGUGACCUCAAGAUUGAUUGUGACGUCAGUGCGUUUCCAAAAGCAAAAGUCACGUGGAAGAAAGGUGUUAGACAGCUGCCAGCCGACAGGUUCAAACAAGAGGCCAAUGGAGCUUUACUUAUAACAGAAGCUUCAUAUGAGGACAGUGGGACUUACGCGUGCACUGCUUCCAAUGAGCUUGGAACGGAUAAUGCUAAUUUUACAGUCAUAGUUUAUGGUAAUUAUAUUCCUUUAAGCAUCCAGUUAAAACCUUCGAUUUUUUUUCGAGUUACUUCAUAAGUUGCCAGAUAAUGCUUAACUUGUGUUCUCCGACCUUUUCGGCUGCAUCUAUACUGCCUCGGUAUACAAAAGUUAAGCAUGUACAACUUUUAAAAUGGUAACCACAGGACAACAUAAGCCUAAAGUACCGCCAUAUUAAUGUUUCUAAAUUUAAUCAGCUACACAAGCUCCAUCUCAAAGCAUCAUAUUAUGUUUGAAUUUAUGAACUUCUUUUUCCAGCUCCUUUGAUGUUUGUCUUUUCAAAACGAAAUUUAACUUUCAUCAAAACAAAGGUCAGUCCAUCGGUUUUUUCGGCACUACCCAAAAUUCUCUCUGGGUGUGGCCUAAUUGUAGAUGGGCUCGAAUAACAACCUUGUUUCGUUGUUUCAAAACUCGUUUGUAAGUUCUGCUGUUAUGAUACAUACAGAACCAUUCCUAACGUUAACAAAAUAUUAUUCGUAUCUCACAGAACCACCAAAAAUAUAUGGCCCUCGAAAGUUCCAUGCAAAUGUGGGCGAAUCAGCUAGAUUGAUAUGUAAAUCACGGGGUUACCCUUAUGCCUCGUUCACAUGGUCCUGGAAGGAUCCUGAAAACAAGAAAGUCACCAUCAGUGAAGGCGAGGAAAUACGCGGAUAUGACGUGACAACGUUACAUAGCCACGCAACCAGCCAAAGCACUCUUGAAAUCAGCAAAGUCACCAAGGAAAACUGGAGAAUGUAUACAUGUGAGGUGGUUAACAGCUUGAGCAAUGAUUCUGCUCUUUUUACGCUGUCUGGAAAGAGUAAGUAUUUUAAGACUGUAAGGCUGAUUCCGGCUGAUAAAGUUUAAUAUACAACCUGUAUUCUACUUUAACCGUUGAUCAGGGGUCCGAAGUGGUCUUAAAUGGCAGAGUAGAAUGAGUAAGUGCUCAAGGAGUCUCGAUUCAAUCAACUCGUCUUUUCAAGGAGAGAGAGGUUUCCAAAAAGGCGUCGUUACAUUUUUUCUCGAUAAGGGGUAAUAACAGGGAUAGUUUUUUUAGCUUUCUAAAGUGACGUAACCAGAUACCAACUCUUGAAUCGUCGUCGCGAAUCGUUGGGCACGACUUUAAUGUGUAGGAAACGAAAAAGAAGAAGAAGAAUUCUUUUUGGACAGUUAUUUACGCUUCUUUGUAAUAUCAAAACACAGCAUGCCUAUAAGCAUCGCUGUUUGAGAAUCUAACUUCGAGAGCUGUAUUGCUUUUUGUUGCCCAUUAUCUCAGUAAAUCGCAUGGACAAAACACUGGGUCUGAUGGCAAUUUGGCGAUGCUCUCUGAAGAGGCACUUUGAGUAAAUACGCCAAAAGCUAGAGGCAUCUUCACCUUGUAGAAUGCAACCUUCCUAGAACGAUUCUAAUAACCAGAUACCCAUAACCAAACAUAAAGGUCUCGUUGUUCAUGUUUUAUACUUUUGAAGAGACAAACAGUGAAGACAGUGUAAAUCGAUUCUCAUUUGAGUAUUAACUAUGUUUAAGCUGUUUGCUUUUUAAAUACUUUCAAUUCAAGGUACCUAUUUUUUAAUCCUUAGCUCGUCCAGAGAGUCCCACUAUUAUUGCCGUUGAGACAAGCGCAUCCGAAGCUGUGGUCAAGUGGAAACUCGGUGACAACGGGGGUUUGGAACUAAUUGCAUUGAAGCUCCAAUACAAAGAGGGUUCAGAGAACACAUGGCAGGAGAUUCAAAUAAAACCACCAAAUAAAUUCAAGCACACAAUUAUGGACCUACAACCAGACACCAGCUACAAGUUCCGUAUCCUAGCAACCAACAGCCUGGGUAGCAGUCCUCCUAGCGCAACGUUUAUUGUGAAGACCAGCAAGAUGGGUAGGUGAAUCAGUUGUUGAAGUGUCAGUUGUUCGUCUGAUUUAGUCAUUUUGGUUGGAAGGUAGAAGCAGACAAGAAGAGUGAUAUUGUAACAGAUAACUGAACACUAUAUUAGCAGGACAGUGCAGUGCUCCCCUUACGUUUAAGAAUCUUUGUAGGGUUUAUGCAGGUGUAUAACGUAAGCUAGUAGUCGCGAUCAAUAUCGAAGUGACAAACGUGACACAAACGAUAAACUAAACACUUUAUACACAUUAUCCACCAUGAUUGUGCUGACGCUUAUAUAUACCUGUAUCGUAUGUAGUCAGAACAGUACUUGUGACACUAUUUCCAUCUUCCUUCUGCAGAAGCCAGUGCUAGUGUCCAGCCCGAUAAAGGUUUCCUGGGACUCCCUAGUAACAUGACCCCAUUGAUAGCAGGCGUCGGAGGAGGAUUUCUGGCUAUUAUCAUCAUGAUCAUUGGAAUAUUUUAUUUUGUUCGAAAAAUAAACAAGAAAAAUAACCUUGCCAAUACACCAGUGAACAGCCGUCCAACGAGUCAACAGGAUCCAGCCGAAAGGAACUCGGUAACACUUUUACGUAGUUUUUUUGUUUAUGUAUUUUUAGCCAUGUCAGGAUACUCACAAGUGCCCCAUCCCACGAAAAAAGCUUAUUCGGUGUUAGGUCUGUUAGCCCUACUGAAGGAAAAAUUAAGAAGAAAAGAGCUGUGGAAUAUUUUACCACUUUACUACAUUUUUUUGAGGAUCGAGCCAAUAGUGUAUGGAUUACAUAACCGCUUUAAUUACCAAGGCAAAAGAGGCGCGAAAUGGAGAUUAGGUUUUUCGCGACUACUGACGGUGUGUACAGCCCCGUUAUGAUUAUUAAUGGUAGACUAACCGCCGAUAAAAUUGGGUUAACUGGAAAUGCCCUAGAUUGUUUCUCUUGUUGAAUUGUUUGUAUUGUUGUUUGAACAAAAAGCACUAGGUGGUACAAGCAGUGUAAAUUCAGCUUCGAAAGUUAAUCAUUUUAGACUUAACAUACCGAAUACACUGAAAAGGGUUAAACACAACUUUCCAUUUCAGUGGAAAAGAGUCGUUCAUUUGUAAACCCUGCAGCCAAUUUAUAAAAGCAGAGUUAAAACCGCAGUAUAAAAUUAAGCUACAGGCUUUUAAGCCAUUAUUCUUAUCUCUGUUCUGCUUUCACCACGGCGUUUGGUGAUUUCAUCUGUUGUUGUUGUUGUUGUUAGAUCAUGAAGCAACCUAACAGAAAAGAUUCGUCGACUUUAAAUCCAUAGAGGAGCACUAACAUGUGCUGAUAUUUUGUCAUUCUUUAAUAUAUAUAUAUAUUUUUAAUUUCAGUUGUUGGUCCACCAUGUUCCGAAUAUUCCCCUCCCUGCUCAACCAGAGAUACCCCAAGGAGCCGAAUCCGGCCUUCUGUGUAACAAUCCCUGGGAAUUUCCGCGCAACAGAGUGGAUUUACAACUUGUCCUUGGAUCAGGUGCAUUUGGUCUGGUGAUGAAAGCUCAAGCGCAAGGCAUCAAAGGAUGCGUUGGUAAAAUGCAUGUAGCCGUCAAGAUUGUUAAAGGUGUGUAUUACAUGUCAUUAGCUUUUGUUGAAAUAAAAUUACUUCUACGCAAUGACGCGCAUGCCUUGUAAACCCUCUAUGGGCCCAUGAGUCGUCCGUUUAUUUUCCUUGAUUUUCUAAGGAUAUCCUAGGUCCAGUUCGAAUUGUUAGUUCUUUCGUUAACCUGUCCUUGUUUUUUGUCGCUACGUAUUAGAAACUGAUAGUGAAACAGCUAGAAGGGACUUGUUUGCCGAAUUGGAAUUGCUCAAGUUGAUCGAUCCUCAUCCGAAUGUCAUUGGAUUAUUAGGCUGUUGUACCAGGCAAGGUAUGUAAGUUAACGCGAACGUGGUUUGUUGGUUUGUUUGUUUGUUUGUUUUUUUUGUCGGAAAUAAGUGUCUAUAUGAUAAUAAUUGCUGAAAACUGACAAGAACUGCUCGCCAGAAAAAUGCUUUACUGAGAUCAGUUUGACUCUAUUUAUUUAAUCUCAGCCGGAUCUGAAAUCUACCACAUCACUGUGCAGCACAACAUAAUUACUAUUAUACAAAAUAGUGAUAAAAUUGCUUGUAUAAAUUGGGUGACUCCACUGACUAAGGGUUUACUGUGAUUGUGACUAUUUUUUGAAGAUUUGUCUCUUUCUUUUACGUGUAGAGCCCCUGAUGGUAAUUGUUGAAUUUUGCUCGUAUGGCGAUCUUCAAAGUUAUCUCCGUCACUGUCGCGGAGUGGAAGACAAGUACUAUCAAGACUUGUACAAAGUGCCAAUUGAAAAACUUGGUUCCAGGGACCUACUCUCUUUUGCGAUACAGACAGCAAGGGGUAUGGCCCAUCUUGCUGGCAUGAAGGUAAAGACUAUUUUAAUAUGAAAAAAUUGCAUUUAUUUCAGUAAGAAACACCUAUUAUGUGCUCUUGAUGGGAAAAGGAAGUGAGGUUUGUUGCUCUGACAAAUUCACCAGAUACUGAUUCGACUUGCUUUACUCCUGAGUUUCCCUAUUCGUCGUGGACUGCUAUGAGUGACAGGCUAUUUCUAUUUUCUAUUUCUAUUAUUUCUAUUUUUAAUGGCAUACUCAGCAGAAGCCUCUGCGAAGGAGAGAGGUACACUUGUGAUUUGAAUGUGGGAAGGACAGACCAGGAUCUUUAUGUCUCUGUAGACUUUAUUCCAAGUCUAAGUCAAGUUCUGCAACUUGUUCAAGAACUCAGAAGCUUAACGCACUAAAAUUGCAACAUUGUAAAGUCAAACAAUGAGUUUCCUUAAAAACCUUAUUUUCUUCAUAGUUUUGAUGUUUUGUGGCAGCUUUGAAGGUGAUUUGAUGUUGUCCUGUACAUUAUUACAAACAGGUCGUACACAGAGAUCUUGCCGCCAGAAAUGUCUUAAUAGACGAAAAUAAAGUUUGUAAAGUGGCAGAUUUUGGCUUUGCAAGAGAUAUUUAUGUGGAAGAUCACUACACAAGAAAAACGCAGGUGAGCAUGAUUGCAAAGCGCAUUAUAAACAUGUGCAUAAGCCCGGGGGGUUACUCCUGAGAAACAGUCUUGAUGGGGGUGUGCCCUCCGGUUCUCUAAGUCGUGACCCUAUUUUUCCGAUCCGUUAUCAGACCUGACCUCUAAUCCAUACUCGCUUUCAGACCUGGCCUCUGAGAAAUUUCUUAGAUAAGAACAGAACAAAAAAGAUUUCUUAAAAUCGGUUUUGAAUUCGCAUAUUUUUUUUCUUCUUUCUUACUCGUUUGGAAUUGAAACGACAAAUACGAUCACACAGUCCUGUAGUUCCCUCGAUUACCAUACCGGUUUCCAGACAAAAAUGGGCAACGUCUAUACCCGUUUUUAGACCAAAACGACGCAAGAACCAUACCCUUUGAGGCGGCACAUACCUUCAUGCGUUACAUAAGGGAGUAACCCCUCCCCCCGAUGCAUGAGACAUAGGACACAGUUAUAUAUAUAUUUGGCAGAUAAUCUUUUUCUUUUUGGUAGUAAGCCAGCGGUUAUUUUACCACUGAGAAUUAUUUUAAACCGCGGAAACAAAAUAACAGCUUAUUGUUCGCGUAUUUUACCUGUAUUUGACCAGCAGGGGCCGUCCAGUCGCCAGAGACUAGAGAAAACCAUACUUGCCCAUGUCGAUUGUAUAUACAUUUAUCACACCACUAAGUGACAGUGAUAUGAAUUAUGAGUUAUGAUGUUCCACCUCUUUCAACAGGGUGGACGAUUCCCUAUCAAGUGGAUGGCAAUUGAAUCAUUGCUCGAUGGAGUUUCUACAUCAAAAAGCGACGUGUGAGUUAAUACAACAUAGCCUAAUCGAUACGAGGAGCCAAGCGUCUGCGUAUGCCCUGCUUGUGCAUAUCGCAGAAAAGAAAACCAUAACCGCUUUCACUCCCUGGUGUGGUCAAAUUCCAUCACUACCAGGGGAGGUCUGAUGUAAUUCGGUAUGAUUUUGGUUUCUCGUAAAGGGUUUGGUCUUUACAUAAAACUUUUGAGAAAACCUUUAAUUCAAGGAACUACUCAACGCUGAACAAAGUUCGGGUUGCUAUGUAUUGUUUUAAGUUCUAUUUUUCACUGAGAUACUCGAACCAGACUUUGCUCACUGCAAACCGUAAACAAACUAUUUUAACUGCAAUGCUCGCACCACGGCAAAAGUGAACUUUUGAUUUUUCGACUAGCACAACUAGUCCCUGUCAAGUGGUCUUGUCUGGUCUUCUUCAAAGCCGGUACUGCUAUACUGAAGCCAUUUUAUCUUUCCGUAUUGCACUGACCUGAAGCCAAAGACGAGAUGCACUUGUCAAAUUAAUACCAUCCCGUUUAAAAGUGUUCUUCUCCCUUUGUGCCAGUUUCAAGUCAUGAUAUCACGCAGACAUUUACCUUUCUUAGGCCGACGUAGAUUUUUUUUCACUUGCACCCCGCAUUCAUUCUCUUUCAUUUCUUCCGCAGGUGGUCCUUUGGUGUCGUUCUAUGGGAAAUUGUAACGCUAGGUAAGACCGUCAACAUUUUUAAAAAAAAUCUAUUCCAUUAAAAAUUCUUACGAAUUUUAACAAUUGAACCUAGAACUUGCAAAAGCAACCCGGUGGACAUAAAAUCCGAAGAACGGGUUUACUUUGUAGGAAAUAGGAAACCCCAAGGUUAUCAAAAGAAAUAGGUCUCAUAUUUUACUAAUAUGUGUCAUGGUCAUUGCAGGACUUAACUUGAAGUUUAAUUCGUUGGCAACAACAACAGAAAUGGGCCUUUUUUUUUCAGGAGCAUCCCCAUAUCCAGGCAUGAGUUCUCAAGAAGUGAUUAAUUUUCUCCAGGAUUCCUACAGGAUGGAUAAACCAAAACACUGCUCCGAAGAACUGUAAGCAAAUUCUCACGAUGAAAUGGUAAUCCGAAGUAUGACGCCGGAUCAGGCUGGUCCGGCGCCAUGCUCUGUCAUUAAAAUGGGUAAAAAACGGGUUGUCUGGGUUUUCGAGGGUUAAUCCAUUUCAAAAUGUUCGAUGGUACAAAAAACUUUACUGGUUUUGAAAUUUUUUAUGCAGGAGUAUUUGGAGUUUUACGAGGAGAUGGCUGAACUUUUGUCCGGGUAAAGAAAAGUGAUCGUCACAACUAGGUAGCCGUGUCACCGGGGAAUGGUGUAAUAUUAAUGCAUGGUUUUUGCCUAGUCCCUGUACGGAGUGUUCCCAGGCCUUCUCGAUCAAUUCACUUCGGUAACGUAUCCGAGGCGAAAGGGCGGGAAACGGCCUCACUUCUUCGCUCGGACCACGUGACCCGUAACGCAUUGACCGCGCGGGAUAAUGAGGCCUAAGGACUAGGGAAGCGAGGUUCCACUUUGUUCAAUCUUUUUAUUUUACAGGUACUUUCUUAUGUUGGACUGUUGGCAAGUGGCCCCCCAGAAAAGACCCACAUUCACAGACCUGUCUCAGCACCUCAGUAAACUGUUCAGCGAUGACAGGGUAACUAUCCGAGUUUUUGUCCGCAAUGGCGGCAUGAUGUUUGAAUUAGUCUUUCGCUGAAAAACUCAAUGAAACUAGUACGAUUAUUCAUUCAAGUUGCCGCUCAAGAGCGGUUUACCUGAAAAUAACGGUAGACCUGGCAGUAAUGUUAUUCAGUAAGUUCUGAAAACAAAGCGGAAAGAAAUGCAAGUGGGAAAUAUACAGAACAGCAAAAGAAAAAAUAGUGUAUAGCUUCAGUAAAAGUUAAUAACAAAGACGCAAAGUAGAGGUUGGUAGCCAAAGAAGCAUCUUAUCACUGAGAAGUCCCACCGUAAGUUGUAUUUAAAACUGAUCUGAUUUGAGAAAAGUAACUGCACCAAUUUCUAUCUUUGGGACAGAAAUUGGUAAUUCACCUAUUCUUUUUUAGAAACGCGCUUAUUGAUAUUCCCUUCCUUGUCACUUUUGUAGGAAUACGUAGACAUGAGAAUGUAUGAAGAAUCUUCGUACAUCAAUUUUGACGGCUCUUCUGCUACGAUCUAGCUUCCUCAACUAAGACGCGGACAUCUACAGGCGCAUAGUAAUUGAUUGAUAAAUGCCAAUCGCUUGCUUACGCUACUGUUUACUUUGCUCAGGAAUACAUUGACAUGCGGAUGUAUGAGGAUCAUUUGUAUAUCAAUUUUGACAAGACAUCAGGGACAUUGUCAUCAAAAUCAAAAUCAAAAUCGACGAGUGCAAGUCACCAGGAGUCAGCAAUGUGA